AUGUCCCUGUCGGAUCUUCCCUGGAACCAUUUCGACCCUAUCAACCAGGAUUCAACUUCCGGCUUCUAUCCUCAACACCCUCAUUCAUCCGCAUUCUUCGAUCACGGAUACUCGCAACUUUCAAACGCCCUUUAUCAUCCAGGCAACAAUUUUAUCUUCAACAUGAACACCCUUUCGACCGCCGAAAUGGAGAGGUUCCAGAAACUCUCCAAUGAGUUUCAACCCGACGUUCAGGGCCCUCCAGUGUCUACGAAACAGUCCAGUAGCGUCAUUGCUAUGGAGUAUGCAAAUGCGGAUCCGACAUUUGCCACCAAGACCAAUGCUCUUGCUAUAACGCACCCUCUGACACGAACCAUGAAAGGAGACGGAAAUUGUGGUUGGAGAGCCGUUGCAUUUGGAUACUUUGAGAACUUGCUCAACCUUCAGAAUCCAAUGCAGGUACACCAUGAAUUGGUGCGGAUAAAGGCGAUGAACGCACUCCUCGACCAAACGGGUCAAGAAGAACACCUAUACGAGAUUUUCGUGGAUGCAACAGAGGAGGUUUUCAACCAGAUAAGCACUGCCAUCCAAAACGGCAUCCGGGAUGAGACUUUCCUCGUCAAUGCAUUCAACGAAGAGUACAAUUCAAAUGCUAUCAUCACUCAUUUCAGGCUGCUAACAAGCGCCUGGAUGAAACUUCACCCGUCUCGAUACGAAGCCUUCCUCUCCAUGCCCCUCGAGCAAUAUUGCGCGACACGAAUAGACGUGGUCAGAACGGAAAUCGACGAGAUAGGCCUCCAAGCCUUGGUGGAUGGGGUAAUCGAGGGGUCCGGAUUCGCCGUGGAGAUCAUGUAUCUCGACCGCAGCGAAGGUGAAGCGGUCACUCCUCAUCUCCUAACCCCGCCGCGGGCUACUGGCGGGACUAUCUGCCUACUUUACCGCCCGGGCCACUAUGACCUUCUCUAUCCAGCCGAACCUACUGUGAAUAUGGAACCCGUGGUUAAUUACCAAUACGCAAUGACUUCUGACUAUGCCCCCUGGGAUCAAGGUGCCCUCGCGUUCGAUGUGAACUCCAGUUUGAUGACCAUUCCCAAUCUGAUGAUGGACCCUUCUUUUGGCAUGGCCCCCUCUCCGAUGCCGGCGGCUCCUCCCAGUCCGUACCGGGUAUCUCCCCCUCAGGAAGUGUACCAGCCGCCCCCCAUGCAUGCAUCACCUCCCAUGUCUAUUGCAUCACCCCCGCCAGCGCCGCCGCGGAUGUCGGCACCACCACCGCCCAUGAGUUCCCUGCCGCCCCGGUCGUCUGACGGGCCGCAAAUCCGGUUGAACCCCCUAGUGAUGAAACCCAACCUCAGCCACUCCCUUCCGGUCACCACGCCGUUCAAGAAUAGUUCACCAUACAAUCAAGCCCAUUUCCAGAACCAGGAUUUCGAACCCAUCCACUGGGAGCCUAGCGAUUCCCGCAAAUGAAAGGCCAUUGCCUUCUUCCUUUUCGGCCAUGUGAGCAGCAGUUUGAACCGGAAUUUCCCACGAUCUUUAGCGCCUGAAUAAUUUGUGUUACGCUCUUUCCAUUGAAUAUGCAAGUCUGGUUUCCAGCAGGGUGAACGGAGGCUAUUGUCCUAAUGCUUGGCUUGGCGAAGAAGCGUAUUGUUAUCAGUAUGGCAUCGGCAAGGUUGUGGCUUAUUUGCUUCGUAUUCCUAAUUGCUCCAACAGCCUGUCUGUUCCUUUUUAGCGUCUAUGCUAUGCGUCGCAUUCGGUGGGCGUGGGUUAGCUUCAGCUCUAGGUGCAAAUUGUGAGACUUGGGAUAAGACCACUCAUUUACCCUUUUAGAAUCCGACUGCUGGAUGG